CACAGGCGUGAGCAAGUCGAUCGGGAUUGAAACAUGUACUUGUGAAAAUCCAUCUGUCUGAGAGUGACGUGGCUGUUAUUUGUUGUUGAUUGAUUUUUUGAAAAAUCAAGUUUAUCAAUAUUUAUCCACCAUGGACAGUAGUUUGAGAAAUUGUUUGAAGUUACUCCACGAGAAUGACAGUGAAAUCAAGAAGAAUGCACUACAUGUACUUUGGGAGCUCUGUGAGAAUAUUAUUAAAAAUCCACAGGAGCCAAGGUAUCGAAGAAUUAGAGUUGCUAAUCCAGUGAUUGCUGAAAAAUUACUUCCGGCUAAUGGAGCUGUCGAGUGCCUCUUUGAAAUUGGAUUUCAGGAAGAUGGAGAAUUUUUCUCACUGCCAACAGACAGUCCACUGCCUCGAAUACGUGAGAUCCAACGUCUUCUGCGAGAAAUCCAAACCCAGAAGCCAAUAUCCUCACCACAACCAGCAGCUCCAGCAGUAAAAUCAACGGGAGCAAGACCAAAGGAUCCCCCAGUACCAAAUUUCCUGCAGCAAAUUGAAAAUAUGUUUGACAGCGUCCUGGAAUACGAAGAUCAAGACCUCCAGGAAAUGACUCGUCACAUGGUGCCUAUCACAGAUCUCAAAUUGCGGGCAAUGAAGCGCAUGAGAGCACUGCAAAGAGAUCUGAAACAAAGGGAGGAGACAGAAGGAGAAACGGAAAAAGAGAAAACUGGAAUUGAAAAUGAUAUGGGGAUAGAGGAUCUCCUGCUUGGUGAGCUUAUGGCCUGGUUCAAGAAUGAUUUUUUCACGUGGUUCACCACCAUAAAGUGCAGCUCCUGCUCGACUAACUGCAAGUAUAAUAGGACUGAGUUCCAACGGCGGUCAAAUGUCUCGAGAAUCGAAAUUUACAAAUGCGAAUCAUGUGAGACUGAGGAGGAAUUUCCGAGGUAUACGAAUCCUAGGAUGGUAUUGGCCAAUCGAAAGGGACGGUGUGGGGAGUGGGCCACUUGCUUCACCCUCAUCUGCAGAGCUUUUUCUUAUGAUGCUAGACUUGUUCAUGAUAAGACUGAUCACGUGUGGACAGAGGUUUGGUCAGUUGCUGGGAACAGAUGGAUUCACGCAGAUCCCUGCGAAAACACUCUAGACCGACCUCUCCUCUACGAGAAAGGAUGGAAGAAAAAAUUAUCCUACAUAAUUGCCUAUUCUAGGGACGAAAUUCAAGACGUGACGUGGCGUUACACAAGGGACCAGCCUUCGGUGAUGAAACGUAGAAACUUAUGCACCGAGGAAGACCUCGCUGAAUUCCUCUGGCGUCUCAAUGAGAAACGCCAGAGUAAUCCAGGAUACAGUCAAGUUAGGAAGAAAUAUGUUGUUAAUAGGAGGCUCAUGGAAUUGGCGGAAUUUCUCAGACUACCUGGUCAGCCUGAUAACGAUGAUAACGAGUAUGGGGGGAGGAUUUCAGGAGAUGCUGCCUGGAGAAGUGCACGAGGGGAAAUAUCAGACGAAAAUAAAUCCCACAUAUGGAAAAUUCCAGAAGGCAUCAAUAGUUACCUCCUGCGCUUGUACCUCGUAAAAGAUUACUACGAGAUUCAAGAUGAGGAAGGUAAACUUUUUGAGAAACUGGAAGGCUGGCGAGAGGGUACAGCGAAAGCCAAAGGACUGUUCAGAAAUGUGGAAAACGACUGGCAGAUGGUAUACGUUUGCAGAAGUCCAGGUGUCGACCUGGGGAGCAUCACCUGGAGUUUCGAAAUAUGUGAUAAAUCCGAGGAAUUUCAAAUAGAAUGCUUCAAAAUAUCCUCGACAACGGCAUUGUUCCACGGUGCCUCAAUAAAGUGGAAAAUUCAGGGAAUAACUCAGCAAAAUAAAACAAUCACAAUAACACUGGACAAUUCGAAACCCAUGAGCACAAGUGCAUUAAAAGAUGCCAAAAGAAUAAACAUCAUUGCCGAUUUAUCUGGUGGUAGUGGCGAUGCAUAUUGGCAACACGCACAACUCUUUCGUCAUAGUUUAGAUGACAUCGACGAGUGUUCCCUAUCAAUAUCCUUCGAGUUAUCACAAAAUUAAAGCCAUCAAUAGACGUCACACAUUCUGUAUUCAUUUAAAAUCAUGUUCACAUCAUGAACUAUCGUUUACAGCUAUUUACAUUGUUUCUGUUUUAUCUUAUACUGUUAUAUUUAUGUCAUCUGUGCAGUGUCGUGCACUGUGGCGUGUAAAAUACAAAAAAAAAA